UCGUUCUUCUACAUCCAGAGCAGCAGCUCCACCACCUUCUACGCCCCCUGUAUUGUCGCUGUCAGUCAACAUGGUCUCCACUUCCUGCACAAAAAUACACAUGAGCUGAUGGCAGUGGUCCCCCUGGUGGAGAUACAGUCCAGCCGCACCCAGAGGCCCAAUGCUGGAACGAGUUACCCAUAUGUAGACCUCACCCUGGGGGACACGAACACACAGCGGGUCAUUCAGCUGCAGCUGGAGCAGGGCCUGGAGUUGUGUCGAGUCAUCGCCAUGCAGGUGGAAAACAUGAUGUCUGUGCGGGAGAAGAGACUAACCCUGCCACCCAGUGAAAUCACCAUGUUAUAACACAUGCUCUUGCUUAAUUGUACGCACAAACUUGUAUGAUUACUCACAUACAUUAGAUGAAACUCUUAAAAAUACUCUACCUCUUCUUGUCUUAAGGUGUAUUGUGUGUGCACACACACACACACACUGAUAUCAUAUGUGUAAGUUUGCCCUGAAGUUAGUCACACUUUUACUUUAUUAUUAUUCUGCAUUAACUAAACAAAAUGCAUCCUGAAGAC